UUGCUGGUGUUUCAGUAACUUCCUCCUGGGACGGCGGUGUUUGGAACGCCGCCGUCCCUCAGAACAAUGCUCAGAGGAAGCGGUUAAUGGAGACAACAAGCAUCUCCUCCUGCCUCCACACCAACAGGUCUGAAAAAGGGUCAAAGCUGACAAAGGCGAGAAGGGGGGGCCUCGACACCUCUCGACCUCUGUACGGUGUCCCACUUUCCCCCCGUGUGACCUCCCCUCGGCUCCGCCCACAAACCAUCAGGGCCGUUUUCUGGAGGAGCGUGAGGUCAGAUCCAGCAUGGAGCGCCGUCUCUGCGGAGGCUUUAACGCCACACAUGUAUUGUGCUUUGCGUUCUGGAGGGUGAUGGCACGUAUGUGGUCAGUAGCGCGUUUGCAGACCCAGCCUCCCUCUCACGUUACACCCUAUUUAUAACGUCCCCUCCGCCGGCUCCCCUCGUUCUGCAGUUCCUCCGAACCUCCUCGUGCUUCCAGGCUGGAGCUCCAGCCCCCUGCUCCUCCUGACAUCUGAGAGGCUCAGCUGCAGCCGUCCCGGGAUAACUGUUUAUCCAGUGGAGCCUGGCAACCGGAUUACCGCAGGACGCCGCAUUUCAAAGCUUUGACUGAAGGAGAAGUUUUGGGAGAGUACGAGGAAAAGGAGCAGCAUCUGGAUUUACGUUUGUUUUUCUUCCUUCACCUCCUUCCUCUGCUGGAGCGCCAUGGAUCACGCUCUGUUCAGCUGCCUGCGGAGCCCCCACGCCCCGGCGCCGGCCCUGCAUCCCGCCUUCACCCAGUCCCCGCUGACGCUGCACGGACGCUCGGACCACAUCUCCUACCCCGACCUGGCCUCCUCCUCGUCAUCCUCCUCCACCUCCUCGCCUUCGCCGUGCGUCAUCUCCAGCUACUCGCCCGAUGACGGCCUGUUCCCCGGGCAGCACCCCCACCACCCCCACCGGGCCCACCUGGCCUCCCAGCAGCAGCAUCACCCCCCACCUCAGCACCACACCUCGUGGCACGUCCCGCAGAUGCCGUCGCCCGGCGGCGGCGUGCGCCACGGCCUCUGCCACCCGCACUCACACGCGCCCCACGACGGCGUGCCGGCGCCCUCCGACCUGGGCCAUCCGGGGGCGCCCAGCUUGUGUGCCAGCACCCCCAGUUUGGGUGGCAGCAGCACCCCCUCGGGGGCCUCCUGUGUGCCCGCCGACUUUGGCCGGCAGACUCUGUCCCCCGCCGAGGCGGAGAAGAGGAACGGCAAGAGGAAGAGUGACAGUUCAGAGUCCCAGGAUGGGAACUUCAAGUCGGACGGCAGCAGCAAACCCCGGAAGGAGAGGACGGCCUUCACUAAGGAGCAGAUCCGCGAGCUGGAGGCCGAGUUCGCCCACCACAACUACCUAACCAGACUAAGGCGCUACGAGAUCGCCGUCAACCUGGACCUCACUGAGAGACAAGUGAAGGUGUGGUUCCAGAACCGGAGGAUGAAGUGGAAGAGGGUGAAGGGCGGCCAGCAGGGGGUGGCGGCUCGCGAGAAAGAACUGGUGAACGUGAAGAAGGGGACUCUGCUGCCGUCGGAGUUCUCCGGCAUCGCCGCGCUGCACCACUCCACGGACUCCUUAGCCAACGAGGACAGUCAGGACAGUGACCAGAGCUCCGAGCACGCUCACUUAUGAUGCACUCACCCCCCCAGCAGGAGCGGAGUCUGCCCCGACCCCCCUCACAGGGGCUGCUGCUUGCUGCCAUCGUCGCACUGCGAUGCUAAACAAGUGUACAGUCGAGAACUCACCGUUUCCUUGAUGAAAGUAAAAAAAAGAGCUUGUCGUAAAUAUUAACGCGUCAAAUGCAUUAUGGGUAAUCCUGUUAACAUUCCACGCUGUGUUUGGAGAAGCAGCUUCGAUUUGCACUGUUGAACCCCCAGUCUGCGAUGGCUUUCUGCUGUACAAAGGGUCACUUUCAACGGAAUCGAACUGGCGCCCCUGACGUUAGCCGUCUGUACAUAUCUCUCAGCCUUACGUUGAUGAUUCUUUGUCUUCAUGUGUGGUUCCUGCAUUAAUAAACUCCGACGGCCGACACCUUUCUGCUCAUGGGGGGGGUGUUUGUGACCUCCUCUGACCCUGAAAUCUGGACUCUCUUCAGAUCGAAGGAACCGGAAAAACCGUCUUCCUGCAGGUCCAAUCUGGUGCUGAAGUGGAUUAAACACUGCAGUUAGUGGAGAGGGGCUGGUCAUGUCACGUCCUGAUUCGUGGGGGGGACCGUGACCCCAGCCCAGACUAGGGGGAGCCUACAAAGGACUGGAUUCACCUAGAAAACCAGAAGAAAUCCUUUGGUGGUUUGAUCUUUCUCUACGAUGGGCUUUAUGCACGUGUUGGACGUCAGACCGCUAAGUCAUUCUGGUUUGGAGAGUUAAUUGCAGAACAGCAUCUUCUGAGUUUUAAGAUGCUUACUCCAUAUUUUCUAGAGGCUCCUAAUGUCACAAUAAAGGAGAUCUGGCUCCAGAAUGAACAUCCAAACCUGAGUUAAAGACAAAUGUUUCUGCACUGUUCAGGUUAGCCACAGGAUUUGAAACUAACAACUCAAACAACGAACGGAAACUUAGCUUAUGACAUCCAGCCCUAAAGUAUAUCUAGAAAAUACUGUCUAAAAAACUUCAACAUCUCUAUAAGAAA